AUGUAUUCUUCAGACGACGAUGAGAGUACACCACUGAUAUCCCAUCCAGUUCGAAAAUGGCCGAUCGUCACGGUAGAACCAAUAGUGUUGUUGUUUAUGUUUGGAAAAGGUGUUUACAUAACAUCAUUCCCACAAUACAUUCGAUCGCGCAUCGCGGAGGAUUACGAAGUGAGUGGGUUGGACACCACCAACGGAACAUGUUACGCCAACAUAAGCUCUUCGGAGUACAUAAUGCAAGAACAAAUCCAAAAACAAGCGACGAUGUGGACUUUGUACUUCACAGCAACAUCUCAAUUCAUAGCGAUGUUUGUUGCAACCAUACUCGGUGCGUAUAGUGAUAAAGCUGGAAGAAAGAUUCCUUUAAUGUUACCGCCUGUUGGCGCUGCUUUAAAUGGCCUGAAUUACCUUAUCGUCAUAUACCUGCAUUUACCGUUAUGGACUCUUUUCUUCGGCGCUGUGUUACAGGGACUUGGAGGUGAACACACAACUGAGAUGGCGACUUGUUGUUCAUACAUUUCUGAUAUCACAACUAAACAACAAAGAACUUUUAGAAUGAUUGUACUGGAAAUUGUCUAUUCGUUUGCAUUCGGUGGAGCACAACUUUGUGCUGGUUAUGCCAUACAUAUAUACGGCUACCAGGCUGCCUUCUGGCUACACAUCUCCGUCUCAUCCGCUGCAUUUUUCUACGCCGUGUUUUUUGUAAGAGAAAGUUUGAAAGUUGAAGAUACAAGUAAUACAUCCAUAUUGACGUUUGACCACUUCAAACAGAUCGCACUUUUGUUCAAGAAUAAACGAUCAGGACUGCGUCUACAAUUGGUUAUUCUUAUAGUAGUAUUAUUCUUCCAAAUCUUGUCCCAGACUGGGUGCAAUGGCCUGUACGUGCUCUAUUGUAUGGAUUAUCCGUUCUGUUGGUCUUCUGUAAUGAUUGGUUAUUUCAGUGCCGCUAGGGUGGCUCUACGUGGUCCAGGCGUGUUAUUAGGUGGUAAGCUGUUGCCAAGAUGUCUAUCUGAUUUUGGUAUGAUUUAUGUAAGUUCCAUAUCGUACACGUCGAGUUUGUUAUUGUCUGCAUUUGCAUUCAACGAUAUCAUGAUGUUUAUGGUUCCAGUCGUGGCUGCUUUGUCGUCAUUGACUAUCCCUGUUAUACGAUCAAGACUUUCCAGGAUAGUGGAUUCUACAGAACAAGGUAUUCUAUUUGCUUGCCUUGGAUGCACCGGAAGUAUUGCCAACUUUGUUGCGCCUGUUACUUUCAAUGCUAUUUAUGCAGUAACACUGGGGUUCUUCAGUGGAUUCAUUUUUAUAGUGUUGGCAGCCAUUGAUGUUAUCAACAUGAUGCUAACAGGCGCAGUUGUUUAUACAAGUGUCAUGAAUUUCUUAGACGACGACGAUGACGAUCAGACACAACCACUGAGAUCACACGUUCGAAAAUGGCCGAUUGUCACAGUAGAACCAAUUGCGCUGUUGUUCAUGUUUGGAAUGGGGUUUUUGGCAAUAGCACGUCCACAAUACAUCCGAUCACGAACCGCGGAGGAAUACAACACCAACGGAACCUGUUACACCAACAACAGCUCUCUGGAGUACAACAAGGAAAAUGAAAUACAAAAACAAGCGACGAUAUGGACUUUGUAUCUCACAGCAACAACUCAAUUCAUAGGUAUGUUUGUCGCAACCAUACUCGGUGCGUAUAGUGAUAAAGCUGGAAGAAAGAUUCCUUUAAUGUUACCGCCUGUUGGCGCUGCUUUAAAUAGCCUGAAUUACCUUAUCGUCAUAUAUCUGCAUCUUCCUAUAUGGACGCUCUUUUUCGGCGCGCUGUUACAAGGACUUGGAGGUGAUUUCACAACCGAGAUAUCGGCUUGCUGUUCAUACAUCGCCGACAUCACAACGAAACAACAAAGAACACUUAGAAUGGUUAUAAUGGAGGUGGUCAUUUACUUAGCAAUCGGUGCGGCACAGCUCUGUGCAGGUUAUGUCAUACAGUUAUACGGCUACCAUGCUGCCUUCUGGCUACAGUUCUUCGUCUUAUCCGCUGCUAUUUUCUAUGCAGUAUUCUUUGUUCAAGAAAGUGUGGAAGUUCAUCAGAACAUGAGCAAUACUUCCAUCUUAACGUUUGACAACAUCAAAGGCGUCGCACUUUUAUUGAAGAAGGAACGAUCUGGUUUACGUCAACAAGUGGUUAUUCUUCUAGCAAUAAUAUUCUUCCAAAUCCUGACCCAGAAUGGAUGCGUUGGCCUGUACGUUCUCUAUUGUAUGGACUACCCGUUUCGUUGGUCUUCUGUAAUGAUAGGCUACUUUAGUGCAGCUAUGAAUGUUCUACACAGUGCAGUUCCUUUUGUGGCUUCUUUGUCAAUACUAGCUCUUCCUGUGAUGCGUUCAAGGCUUUCCAUGAUAGUGGAACCCAAUGAACAAGGUGUUUUAUUUUCUUGCGUUGGAUGUACAGAAAGUAUUGCCGGUUUCCUAGGGCAUGUUACAUUUAACGCUAUUUAUGCAGCGACAUUGGAUUUCUUCAGUGGGUUCGUUUUUCUAGUGUUGGCUGCCAUUGCCGUUAUCAACAUGAUGCUAACAGGGUUAACGCACAGACAAGAUGUUCAAAGGAUCAAGUCGGAAAAUUUAAGAAUUGAAGAUAAUAUAAUAAAUUGA